AGGAGGUAAGAUUUAUAUUGAGCUAUAGAUUUUUAUAGCAGUUCGCUAGCAAAUGUCGGCAAAAUUUGCUACAGUGGUGGAAAAAUUACAGUUGUUUUUUUGCUCUGUGGAAGUUCAUAGCUGGUGUGGAAGUUUGCAUUGACUUUGCAGGGUUUUAAAAAAAAAAGCGAAUUAUUCGCUUCGCAAAUUUGCUUCUCCGGUGUGUAACAACCUUUAGACUAUAAAAUGGUUUGACCUGCAUCUCCACUUGUGCCUACAAGUCAGUUACAUUUAACAAUACAUCCUGAUCAUCUGUUACCACUGAGAGAGGAAGAAAAGCAAUGCCUCUACCACAGCAUGUCCACUACCAAUAACAGCAGUGAGUCAUCUACAAAAAAAUGCUCAGAGAGAUGUGUGCUUGUUAGUCAUUCAUGUUUGUAAUGUACACCCUGAGCCUCUGUUACCAUAAAGAGAGAGUUAGAAAAGCAAUGCCCCUACCACAGCCUGUCAACUACCGAGAAUACCAGUGAGUCAUCUACUGAAAGACUGUUUACACCCUGUGCUGGUUAGCUAAACCAGCUGCCCAGAGACUCUCUGACUCUCAGCCUUCAGAGCUAACUGAUGGUGAACCCACUGACUUAUCAAAACCUGUCUGCAAAAGAUGCUACGAAACAGGGUCAUGCAAAGUGGAAACACUGCACACCUUGUCAAGCACCUCAGAGACAGAUACUUAGACCCUUUCAAGGAGAACAAAUCAUGAAGGUAAGCAAUUUUGUACAUAACACACAUUGACAUAAGUACGUCAGAAGUGCCAAAAUGUUUAAAAUCCAGGCACGAGUUGUGGUUGAUGAUAUUUUUUGUUCUAUUCAUUUGUUUCCUUUUUUUCUACGAUGUGACUCCAUCACUCUCAUGUGAUUGGUAAUAACUCUGAACAUUCACAUCUCUAUGCUCGGGUCAAGUUUGAUGAGCACAAGGGGCUUUAUUCAUGACUUUGAUGCCAUUUAACAGACAGAGACUGAUUAACACUGUAGGGCUGUGCAGCGGGACAGCUGUGGAGUAUUUAUAAAGAGGGAAGAGGAAGGAGGCAGGAGAAGAGAGAACGAGAGCACAGACAGAGAGCCACAGACCCUGCAGAGAAAUCAGGGACUGAGAGUCAACAGAUAAACAGGCAGAGAGUGGAGGAUUUCCAAAACCAGUGAGCUGGACGAGAGCAAACCUCUGCUGCAUCCUGAAGAAAAGGAAAACAUGACACGAGGAGGAAUGAAAGGGGUGAGAGAGGAGGGAAAAAAAGGAAACAAAAGCUAAAAAAGAUUCUUGGAUGGCUGACAGAGUAAGAGGUUUGUGUUCUUCAAAACAUGCCUGAGUGUAAGAGCAGCAGCAGCUAGCUGGGAUUCAGGUCAGUGGUUCCUGUUCGCCCCGUCACAGAGGGAAGAAAAGAGGAAGAAAAACAAACAAGGACAGGUAAUAAAAGGAACCAGGUGGCAGACAGAGUUGUUUCAGAGCAUGUACUACAUGCUUCUUUAUUAGGUUCCUGUGUUGUUGAAAGUUUGGACUACUUUAAAUAGAGGGAGUGGAGAGAAGGAGAGAGGGAGACUCAAACGCCAAAAAAGGUCUGGAGUCAGAGCUGGAGAAACUGCAGGCUUAACCGAUGCUGCACACCAGAGAGGAGAGGAGAGGAGAAUAAGGAGAGAGACAGGGACAGAUCGAGGCAGAACAAGGAGGGGAGCGACUUUUGAAAAAAAAAAAAAAGGAGGAAGAAGAAGAGGGAGCGUGCACUCUCAAAAUAUAACUCCUGAAGUGAGAUCGACUGACAAAGACAAGGCAGGUCAGGAGGGGUUAGGUGGUGGGCCAGAAAAAGCUCCAGGGGUGAGAGAGUGUGUGUGUCUGUGUGGGUGGGUUGGGGGCUGAGUGUGGGCUGUUACUGUAAAUGUGAUCCUCAGCAGACCAGCCAGAGAAACUGUAAACCCUGAGGGGGAAGAAGAUCCAGCUGGUCCAACAAAUCAAACAAAGCAUGGAAACCAGAGUUUCCCCACUGCUCUAGACCAAACAGACCCCUCGACCACCCGACAUCAUGUCCACUGGCCCUGGCCUUGGUGCACCUGACCUGGCCCAGGGCCCCCAGACUGUGGGACCUGUUGGGCUCCAGACCCUGUUGGAUCUACUGGUGGGUGUCUACCAGGAGUUCUACUCCUCACCCUUCGCAAGGGAGAAGUAUGUGUCCGGCUUCCUCCAGUGGGGUGAGUGUUUCUGCUGCAUAUGACUUCUGCUUGACUCACACAUGAAUUCAAUAACACCUGUUUCAUCUAUGGAAACAUUUACACACUCUGACGGGACAUGUCGCUUGGAAACCUUUUUGUUUGGACUCAAAAACAACCAACUGAUGCGCUACCUAAACCCCACCCCACACAGCAUCCUGAGUGACCCGGUCUACAGCUUCUGUUUGAGCACCCGAACCUGGAAAAACCCAAUCAUGUUUUUUUAAUCCUUCAUCACUGAUUAACUUAACCUCAGAAUUAACACAAGCCAAACAAUGCAAACACAUGUGACUAAGCAACCAGCUGCUUUAGCUGUUCGAGGACUGAACUUGUGGUGAGGUGCAUUCAAAGGAAGUCACAACCACAUCAAGACCAGGUUUAAGAUGAAGCUACAAGUUUAGAAACUAUCUGCUGUCCACAUCAUGUUCAUGUGAGAUGGCUCUGCAGGUCACAGUUAACAACCAGUACUUGUGCAUGAGGAAGUAUGCUAAUCUAUGAUCCGACAAAGGCAGGGGAAACCAAUUACUGUCACGAAAGAGACAUUGUUUUAUUUAAAACAGCCAGGUUUAGUUAAGCACAAAAUAAUCUUUAACAGGCAAAAAGAGGAAGUGGGCUGGAUUUAUGGCCAGGCUCCAGUAUUGUUGUGACAUUGUACAAUGCUGAUAAAAACAGAUUAAAAUUUAAGUAUUGCAAAUACAAUGUAAAAUGUAUUGAUACUGAACAUUUUUAUUGCAUGAUAAGAGAUAUACUCAUUUUAAAUUUGACAGCAGCAACAAGUUUUAAAAAAAGUUGGACAGGGCGUGUUUACUAUUGUGAAGCACUCUGUAAUCAUUUGGGAACUGAGAAGACCAGUUUCAGGAGAUUAGAGGGUGAAAUGUUUCCCACUUUUACUUGAAGUACUUUGUUUUACUUAUUACUUUAAGGGGAACCAAAUGUUUUCAUUAGGUGACAAGUCAGGAUUGCAAGCAGGACAGGACUCUUCUACUACAGAGCCAUUUUUUAACAUAUGCCAAAAUCUGGUUUGGCAUUGUUUUGCUGAAAUAUGUAAGACCUUCCCUGAAAAAAGUCAUUGUCUAGAUGUUGGCAUAUGUUGCUCCAAAACCUGAAUAUACGGUAUAUACUGUUCAGCUUUAAUGGAUCACAGGUGCUGGCUUUUGAACUCGACUUAUGUAACAGGCUGUGUGAGUCCUCCCUUCUUGCAGAGGAUGUUGCAUCCAUGAUUACCACAAAGAAUUUGUAGAAGCACAAGUUUUCUACUCAGUCCAUCUUGCAUGGGCUUGGGCUUAGAGAAGUUUUUUGUUUCCUCUUUAGAUGUCACAAUUAUAACCGUCAUUUUCAGCAACAAACUGUGUUCACAGACAAUGUUUCUUGGAAGUGAUUUUGAGUCCAUGCAGUGAGUUCCACUUUGGAGUCUGUUUUCAUGCGGUGCCACCUGAGGACCCAAAGAUCACAGUCAUUACGUACUGGCUUUGGACAGUGCACCAGUUGCAUUGUCAAAGUUAUAAGUUGUUCUGUGUAGUCAUCAUGUUUGAAACAAACACUGGCUACCACAGUAUCUUGCCUUUCCUUUUUUUGUAGCAUCAAAGCUAAUCUACAACAGUCACAUCAAAAUUAUUCAUCAUCCUCUAACAUAUUAGCCUGACUGAGGCAGACAGCCGCUGAUGGUUCCCUCUUAUUCAGAGAAAACACUGAAUGAUUCAUAAAAUGAGAACCUGAAAACACACAGCCUGGAGCAGGAAGUCUGAGUUACUAAAGAAAGUUCAUUACUAGCUUUCAUGGCACACAAAAAUGAGAGUGAUGAGCUUACCUCAGGGUAUAAAUUUGGCCAAAUGAGACAAAUUAGUGAUUCACCACAACAAACAUCAUUGAAGUUUACCCUGUUAAUAUGGUUCAAUCCAAACAAACUUCUAAUUAGCAAGUAAGAUCAAAUAAUUGUUAACUUUUGUUUAAAUCUUAGCAGGAAUAUAAGUUUAGAUUUUAUUAAAAAAACAUAUUUUAUGCAUAGAACCUUUAAGGGUCAGUCUAUAAGCAUACAUACUGGUACAUAAACAUUGACUCAUGAGCAGGAGGAAUGUUCACCUCCCUCUCAGCCUGAAUAUCAACAUUUAUCCAAGAUGAUUAACAACACAGCACUGGAGACAGUCUCCAUGACAGCUGUGUUUGGGUAUUUGCUGGUGCUCUUAUUUUUGGUUGUGCUGUGUAUUUGGCUGAGUCGUGGUAUUUGAUGAUAUUGGCUGUAUUCAGUUGUGAUGUGCUAUUUGGUUGCUUUGUGGUAUUUCCUGCUUUGGUGUUUGUGUUUGAUUGUGUUUAACUGUGAAGUGGUAUCUUGUAUCAGUUUAUGUGAACCUGAAAAGUGUGAGUGUUUAUUUCUGAGGUGUUCUUCUCUUGCUGGUUUGUUAUUUUAUGGCUAAAUCUGCACAUAAUGAUUUCCUGAGAGAGAGGAAAUGGAGGGGGGAAGUUUAGACAUGUGGCUGGCAUGGCAGCAUGCACAACAGUGUGUGUUUGUUGGGUUUAGUGAGAAUAUGUUCCCAAUUUUUCCAGUCUGUCUCAAUCUAAAUGACUUUCUGACAAUUAAAUGGGCUUUUUGAUCUUUUUUUUAUAUUCAAAUAAACAUUGAGUCAAAAUGUUGUUUGUCUGUGUUGAACAUCCACAAAAUUUCAGAUCCUGAGAGUAGCUUGUGGAAACAUGACACUGUGGUGAAGGUGCUCAAAGCAGCUUUUUUUUUAGAUAAGAUAAGAAGAAGAUAAGACGUACUGUAGUGAUCCC